CAGAACCUCCCUGUCGCGGCACGUCAGUUCUGUACUCUGCCCCAGCAGGAAUCGAGCUCAGACCUAUAAGUCAACCUCGCACAUCCGGACGUGGGAAUUACAGGCUCGGAUGUCAACCGCACGCGGGUGUCCUCAUGACUUCCCCUGCAGACCAUGUCUAUGAUCCUUUUUGCCUGUGUGGUGAGGGUGAGGGAUGGACUGCCCCUCUCGGCCUCCACUGACUUUUACCACACCCAGGAUUUUCUGGAAUGCAGGAGACGGCUCAAGACUUUAGCCUUGCGACUGACCCAGUACCCAGGUCGAGGUUCUGCAGAAGGACGUGACUUCAGUAUACAUUUCUCCUCCUUGGGGGAUGUGGCUUGCAUGGCUAUCUGCUCCCGCCAGUGUCCAUCGGCCAUGGCCUUCUGCUUCCUGGAGACCGUGUGGUGGGAAUUCACAGCUUCCUAUGACACCACCUGUAUUGGCCUAGCCUCCAGGCCAUAUGCCUUUCUUGAAUUUGAUAGCAUCAUUCAGAAAGUGAAGUGGCAUUUUAACUAUGUAAGUUCCGCUCAGAUGGAGAGCAGCUUAGAAAAAAUUCAGGAGGAGCUCGAGUUCGAGCCUCCAGUGGUUCUCACUGUGGAGGACACAGAUGUGGCCAACGGGAUAAUGAAUGGUCAUACACAGAUACACUUGGAGCCUGCUCCCAACUUCCGAAUGGAGCCAGUGACAGCCCUGGGUGUCCUCUCGCUCAUUCUCAACAUCAUGUGUGCUGCUCUGAACCUUAUCCGUGGGAUUCACCUCGCAGAACAUUCUCUACAGGUUGCCCAUGAGGAAAUUGGAACUGUUUUGGCUUUUCUUAUUCCUUUUGUAGCCUGUAUUUUCCAGCAGGUGAAUCUUCAGGCUCUCUGGGAGAUAAUUUUGAAGAGAUGGUAAAAUAGAAUGGAAAGCCAAGGAAGGAAGAGAAGUCUCUGUACAUUAGAAGCACAGGAAGGAGGGAAGGAAGGAAGGAGUAAAAAAGGCUUUAAAAGUUGGUGAGAACAACCUACAAGUGAGUUGUUAUUUUCGAGCCUGUGUGUUAUUGCUGUGUAGCCCUGUACCCCAGAUGCUCUCAGGGGUAGAGUCUGUGAUCCCUAUUCAGCAGGCAGGAGAGAACUGCCCUGAACAGUAUGCCCUCCUGCUGAGUGCUUCCUGCACUAGUGGAGAUGUUGUCUACACUUGGUUGAAUGUGGUUUUCAUCAGUUGAUAUCUGCACAGGGUUUCAGAUUGGGUUUGCAAACAGGAGGGAAAAGAUGCACUAGACAAACAGUGCAGAAUGGUAACGACAGAAAUACUGUCCAGCUGGAACCCAGCUGAACUGAACCCAUCUGGAACUGAAGCCUUGUUCACUGGAGGAAGAGACAAAUGAUAGGAAGGUAGUUCUGGGGAUUUAGUCCAAGGGAAAUCCCAGCUCUGGGUGGACCUGGCUCAGGCUUGGAGUUUGGUGGCCCCCUAUGUCAUCCUUGAUGCCAGAAAGCUGGCUCCACAUCGCAGGAGUUCUCCUCACGGACUCACUGCUGCUCUGGCACUUUGUUUUCCGAUGGUGUAGUGUUCCAUGCCCAACCAACCUCGCAGGGGUGGAUCUGGAAAUAGAUGAAGUAAUGUUGAAAACAAAGCUUAAAAGUGCCUUCUGGGAUCAGAUACCGCAAGGUCUUGGAACAUCAGAGUGCAUUAUUCCGACUACUGUAUCAGGCUGGGAACGUGGCUCAGUGCUCUCCAGCCAUGGGGCCAAGGCACACAGGGUUUUCUGGAGACUUCCCCAAGUGUGCAGGCCAGAGAAACACGAAGACUCUGGUUUCAUUUCGCCAGGCUGGCCUUACUGUGGUCAGGACCAUUCCUGAGUUUCUUUUUCCUGGGAGGAGACAAUCAGAGCAUAUUUGCAGUGGUAUUUCCUCUCGGUACCAGAGGCCCCACUGCUGGUGGCAGGAGGCUCCUGGUUUUGCUUCUCAGGCUUGCAACCCUGUGAUCUGUGAACUCUGUUUCAGGCAUUGUGAAGCAAGGCCCCAUGUUUUAAAGUUCCUUAAGGAGUGGGAAAAGGUGUUAGGAGGAGUGCUGAAAUUGAAACAUUUAAUCUCAUUUCUGUCACUUCACCUUGAGUUCCCUGUUCUUUUCCUCGGUGCCCCAUUCUCCAGGACUCUGCCGCUUUCCAUGUCUGUCCCACACUAUCCAACCCUGGAAACAGGCUGAGCCUAGAGUCUCUGGAGGGGUAGGGAAAGCCGAUUUCAUUGUAGUGGACACGGUGGGUACAGGAGCUUCGGAGGUGGAACACAUGGUAUUGAGCUCCGGCCCUGUUCUCUGCGGGGGUCUCUGGUGGUCAGCACUGCUCAGAGUCAGGCUCCCCCCAGGAGGGCCGGCUGUUUGGGGUGCAGGAAGCAAGAGACAGGUGAGCAGCAGAGCUGGGGGUCCUUGAGCAGCUGCCCAUUGGUGUGUUGGGGCCGCAUGCUGCACCUUCAGCCAGGGCAGCUAUUUGCUUUUCCUGGAAGGCAUCGGCCACUCACUGCAACGUGCAGGGCAGGUGGCCCUCAGGAGCCUGCAGUUGUGCGUGCCCAGGGCAGCACAGGUGAUGACCGGAGGGUGUGGUAGGUUUACGGGGGCCAGAUUGCGCCCCUGCUCUGGUGGUGCUCACAUUCCUACAUAGAAUCCUGCCCAGGUACAGGGAGGCACCGCCACGCUCUGGGGGUGUGAACAGUGGUCAAGGAAGAGAGGCUUGACUCUCUGACUCCGUCCUACCCACUGUGGCAAGUCAUACCCAUGGGUCCCCGGAUCCUCAGCUGGAAAGUAGGGUAACCACCUUGUCCCCUGGCAUGCCAUCAGCCUGGCAGAGGGGGAUACUGGGGGACUCCCUUGUUCGUCGGCAGGAGGAGAAUGACUUCCAUCCGAUGAGAAGAGGUUCACGCUCCAGGCCACACGGGGUAGCCAUGUCUUCCAGGUUUUACAAAAAUGGGCAUUUUAGAAUACUGCAAUGUAAAUGGCAUCAGUCUUUCCCUCUAGAAAGGCAGUGACCUCUCUUUCUCCUCCCUGAACAUGCCUCCUUCCCUCCAGUCACAGGGCUCUUGCUGCCAUUGGCGUUGGGCCCUCUGAGAUUCAGGGAGGCGGGGUCUGCUGGUUGAACCAAACCUCAAGGUCCACCCCUGACCCAGAUGAGGAGAGCUCUGAGCCUCCUGCCUGGGAGCCGUGAUGUCAGACCUCUGUUGCUGGGGUAACGUCUUGGCCAGGAACCUGUGGAAAAGGGCUUGUCAGUAAGACCUGGGAAUGGGCAGAUAUGGAAACAUCUGCCCGUGUGUACUGAUGGGAGAGCCGCGGCUCACAAGCGCCUUUUAUUUAGGGUAAAAUGAUCAAACCCAUUCUGUUCUAACCUGUGCUUGCUAUGUGUGACCUUCUUUAACCCUUCUGUGAUUCUGGGCUUACUUCAGAAAUAUAUUUAACGAAUUAUUCAUAUGAAUUCCCCGAAUUCUGUUUUAUUUAAUAGACUUUUCUACUAAGAAAGUAUAAGAUUGAGGCUGAUUUAGCCAGGGCAAGGCCAUUUACUUCACAUGUUUGUUUUCGAAUGCUUGUUCUCCAUGUUGUACAAGCUUCUUACUGUUUUCAUGUAAUAACAGAGAUCUAUUUUGAAUAAAUGAUGUAUGUUUUAAUAAACUCCCACACAGUAGUAAAGCCUAAACUCAUGCUAAUAUAUGUAAAGAAUAUUGUGUAGCUGUUUAUAUACUAUGUAUAUAUAAAUUAAAUAAGGUGGCUUCAGAAGUGAGAGAAUAAAUCUAAGGUGCUUAA